AUGUCCCUACUUGGAAAAGAAAAUACUGACCCACAUGACCCUUAUACCGAUGAACUUCCAGUUGCCGACCUAAUUUACUCCUUUGACUGGUCAAAAACUCCGCUAGGGGCCAUGUCAACAUGGGAACCUACCUUGAAAACUAUAGUUGAUGUAUGUGUGAACUUAAACUUUCCUAUUGGCAUUUACUAUGGUCCCGAAUUAAGGUUAAUAUAUAAUCAAAUGUGGCGGCCUAUUCUGAAAAUGAAACAUCCAGCAUUGGGCCUUCCCGCUAAGGAAGUGUGGUCCGAGAUAUACGAUGUUAUAGGACCCAUGUUUGAUACCGUGAUUUCAACUGCAAAAGGGAACUUCCAAGAUGAUACUUUGUUAUUAAUGCAUCGAGAAGGAUACGUCGAAGAAUGUUAUUUUUCAUUUACUUUUAGUCCAUUAUUUAAGAGUGAUGGAACUGUUGGAGGCAUUUUUAAUGCUGUCCAGGAGACGACAAAAAGGGUCCUGGCGGCUAGAAGAUUAAAGACUCUGGGAGAUUUAGGGAAUAGAACUACUGGUGCAAGAUCAGUAGAUAGCGCCUGUCAUCUGGUGUUAUCUGCUUUAAGAGAGAAUGUAGCCGAUCUGCCAUUUGCCUUGAUUUAUUACUUGGAAACUAACAAUAAAAAAAAAAAUGCUAAUUUAAUAGCAACAACGUUUGAUGAAAAUUUAGCAACAAUGGAAGGAGAGGAUGGUAAUGAAGAAUUAUUUUUUAAUGGGCAAUCAAAAAGAAAUCUCCCAGAUUACUUGUUGGAAACACCUGAUAUUGUUGAGAUACAUGGUGAUCAUGCAAAUGUAAGAAGUAAAAAAGAAAUAAUGGAUAGUGAAUGUAUCAUCACUCAUACUUGGCCUUUACAAGAAGUUGCUACCAAGAAUUCUCAUGUUAUUGUAAAACUUAAAGAUGGUUCCAAAGCGAUCCUCUUGCCGGUAAACACGUCAUUUUCUGGAAAAACGGAUGUAACUGCUAUACUAAUAUGUGGACUUAACGCGAGAAGAAAACUUGAUAACGAUUACUCGGAAUUCUUACAUCUUGUAGUCGGUCAUGUAAGUUCGGGUUUAUCACAUGGGAGAUCGAGGGAAGAAGAAAGGAAACAAGCCGAAAUUCUCGCGGAUCUAAAUCGACAAAAAAUUAUGUUUUUCCAAAAUAUUAGUCAUGAGUUGAGAACUCCUUUGACUUUGAUGCUUUCACCAUUAGAUGAUGUGAUAUCAAAUAUUUCGGAUCAUUCGCAAAGUUUAACCCAUCUUCAAAUGAUAAGACGUAACGCUCGUAGACUACUUAAACUUGUUAAUACAUUAUUACAGUUUUCUCGAACCGAGACUAGUAACUUGGAAGCACAAUUUCGUGAAACCGAAAUCGCAAAGUUUACUUCAGAACUUGCUUCAAGUUUUGAGAGUAUGGCUAAAUCAUUGGAUGUGACAUUUACUAUCGAUGUACCAGAUCAAGUUGAAUUAGAUCGACAAUUGACUAAGAAAGUUUUUAUUGAUCGAGAUAUGUAUGAAAAAAUUUUAUUCAAUUUAUGUUCAAACGCUUUUAAACAUACUUGGAGUGGAGGUGUUACGGUCAAGUUAUAUUCAGAUAAUAAAGAUGGUAAAGAAUUUAUUGUGCUUCAGGUUACAGAUACAGGCGUUGGUAUACCAGAAAAUCACAUUUCUAAGUUAUUUCAACGUUUUUAUCGCGUUGAAUCGCGCCAAUCACGGAGCCAUGAAGGAACUGGAAUUGGUCUUGCGCUUGUGCAAGAAUUAAUUCAACGUCAUGGCGGUGAUAUAUUUGUGGAAUCUGUAGUGGAUCAAGGUAGUACGUUUAAAGUCUGGAUACCUACUGGAUGGGAACAUUUACCACCGAAAAAAGUUUAUUUUGGUGAAGAAUUAUUUGAAAAUGUUCGGGAUAAACAAUUAUUUUCAAGUCGUGAACUUUAUAUCGAAGAAGCAGAACAAUGGAUUCAAAGGAGUCAAACUGAUGAUAUUGAUGGUAUUGACCAGAGAUCCGAUCAAGGCAUGGAUUUAGAUGAUUCCAUCGAGUCCUCGACUCUCGAAAUAGAUAUCCCUGGAACGGAAACAAGAGAAAUCCCGUCAUCAUGGGAUGAUCCUUUUACCGCAUCGGGCAAAAAAUUUAAAAUACUUAUUGUAGAUGACAAUACUGAUAUGAGAAAAUAUUUAUCUGGAGUAUUGAGGAAUGAUUUUGAAAUAUGCUGUGCUUGUGAUGGUCGGGAUGCUUUGAAAAUUUUGAGAAAGAUUGAUGUUGCGCCGGAUUUAGUGUUAAGCGAUAUUAUGAUGCCUAAUAUGAAUGGAAUUGAUUUACUAAGAACUUUGAGAAAUAAUCGAUCAACCCAAAUGAUUCCUAUAAUUUUACUAUCCGCAAAAGCUGGAGAAGAAGCUAGUAUUGAAGGGUUGGACUUUGGAGCUGAUGAUUAUUUGACCAAGCCAUUCAGUGCUAAGGAAUUGAUUGCUCGAAUACGAGUUAAUAUUAAACUUUACUAUCUUCGUCAACAACUCUACUUGGAGCAAAAGCGUCAAGCAGAAACAAGACAGUUGUUGUUCUCAAUCAGUAGUAAAAUUCGAUCGGAAUUAAAUAUUCAUGAUAUUCUUUCAACAGCUACUGAAGAGGUUCAUAAAAUCUUAUCAUGUGAUAGGAUAUAUAUUGCUGUUGCAGAUCAAAAGGACAGUGCCAAUUCAAAAAUCUUGACAUUUUCAACAAAAGAUCCAAAAGAACCAAAUUUGAAAGGACAAAAGAUCCGUUUCUCAAUGGAUGAAAAGGAUAAAUAUUUUAUACCAUUGGCAUCAGGAGAUUUAGGUCAAAGUAACUUUGACUCACAUAAUGCUAUCCAAUUUAUUCGACAAACAAUAGAAAAUCCUGAUGAAACUGCUAAAGAAUUUGAAGUUUCAGUUUUUCCAGAUUAUCAUUCCCCUGUAGUUAAUCGUCAUGUUUCAUCAAUUGUACUUCCAAUUAAAGUCAAAGUCAAUUCAAAAGUAUGGGGAUGGAUAAUUGCAGAUAGACCUCAAAACGAUUCUUGGUUCGAUAAUGAAAAGAUAUUUUUACAACAAAUGUCGAAUCAAAUUAGUUUAGCUAUUACCCAUGCUACACUUUUGGAAGAUAAUUUGAAGAAGGAUGCACUAAUGGAAGCGGCUAAAGCUGCAAAUGAAGCUAAAGGUCAAAUUUUGGCUAAUACUUCUCAUGAAUUACGAACACCACUUGGAGCAAUUAUAGGAGUAUUAUCAGCAUUCGAAGAGACCCAACUUUCAGAAGAACAAAAAGACAUGGUUCAUAUAAUGACUAGAGCUUCCGAUGUAGUCUUAUCAGUUGUAAAUGAUAUCUUAGAUGCAGCAAAAUUGGAAGCACAAAAGAUUACUUUAAUAAAUAGAACUUUUGAUUUAUUUGAUUUAAUGGAAAAAACCAUAGAAAUUUUUGGUGAAAAAGCUGGUACCAAACAAGUUGAAUUGAUUUUGUGUUGCGAACCAACUUCUUUGCCGAAAUAUGUCAAAUCGGAUCCAGAAAGCAUUAAAUUUACCGAAGAAGGAGAAAUUUGUCUUAAGGUUUCCAUGACAAAUACAAACGAAAUUGCCCUUGAUGAAACUGGAGCGAGCAAAGAAUUUACUAAAGUGAAAAAAGGAACAUUAUUUGUUGAAAUAAUCGAUACCGGCAUUGGAAUUGAUCCGUCAUUUAUUAAAGAUAUUUGGGAAAGUUUCUCUCAAGGAGAUGCUUCAAUGACAAGACGCCAAGAUGGAACAGGAUUAGGUCUUUCAAUUUGUAAACACCUAGUAAUGAUUAAUGGGGGUGAAAUGGGAGUUCAAAGUGAUUUUGGAAACGGAAGCCGAUUUUGGUUCACUUGGAUUGUUGAAGCUUUACCUUUAUCUGCCAUACCAAUUACGUCCAUUUCACAAUUUUCAUCUGCCGAAAUCUCAAUGAACGACGAAAAAACUGGAUUAAUUUUACCCUCUAUAAUAAGAUCAAAACGUGUUUUAAUAAUUGAUCCUAUUACGACAGCUCGAAAUGCUUUGGUUAAAUUAAUUGGAGCUAGUGUAGAGAGAAUUGAUGCAUUUGAUACUUCUGAUAAGGGAAUUACAUUAGCAAAAGAAUGGCGGGGAACCCAUAAUGAACCAUUGUAUGAUAUUGUAUUUUUCAACGUUCGUGAAAAUAAUAAAGAAGAAAUUAAAAAAGCUGCUAAAGAGUUAAGAAUUUGUGGAAAAGAAGAUCUUUGCGUAGCACUUAUGGUAAGUUCUUCCGUAAAAGGACGCGCUUUAGGGCAGGAACUUAUGAGAGAUAUUGAAGGAAGUAUUACGACAUUAUGCAAGCCAAUAAUGCAAAAGAGAUUAUUGGAUUGUUUGCAUAAUGAUGAAAUUUUCAAGUCAUCGAUCUCAUCCGCACCAGAACCGAUACAUGAUUAUAAUUCUGUAAAAUCAUUAGCAGACAUAAGGGUUGAAAAAUAUUAUCGCCAUAAACGACCAUUACCAGAAAUUCCAAAAGUUUUAGAGAAAUCGCCAGUAGUUAAUAAUCAAAUGAUUGUUGAUGAGACGCAAGAGCAAUCGAGUUUAGAAGGAUUUAAAAAGACAUCAUAUUCAAAUACAAAAAAGACAUCCCUGAAAAGAAUGGCACAUGCUGAAGACCAUAUUCAAUCUAUUGAUGAGUAUCCUGCUUCAAAAUAUAGAUCGCGACCCAUUUCAAAUUCAAAGUGCAUUUUAUGUGUGGAGGAUAAUCCUAUAAAUCUUAAGGUUAUACAACAUCAACUUUCAAAACUUGGAUAUCAGACCAUAGCGGCAACGAAUGGACAAGAAGCAGUUAAUUUAAUCCAAGCAGAAUCGGGACAUAGCGGAAGAAUUUCUUUGAUAUUAAUGGACUGUGCUAUGCCUGUCAUGUCGGGAUUUGAUGCUUCAAAAGCCAUAAGGGCCAUACCGUCAACGAUAUCAAGAAUUCCUAUCAUUGCUUUAACAGCGUCAGCAGUUCAAGGCACGAGAGAUAAAUGCAUCGAGGCUGGAAUGAAUGAUUAUUUAACCAAACCAUUGAAAAUCGGUCAACUUAAAGAGAUGCUGGCUCAAUGGCUUGGAGAGGAUUAG